AUUGACUGACCUGUACUGCGCCAAGGACGGUACAUUGGGUUUGCAUUUGGUGACAAGGCUGCAUUGAUUCGCUUGAGAGAAAAGCUAAUUUUCUGAAAGGGAGACCAGUGUCAACGUUCCCAUCGAAUGGUAGCGCGCGCCUCCCUUGCCUGUGCGAUGUCCUGCUUGCCAGGCUGCCUCCUGCAGUGACGACGAACUUUGUAGUGCGUCUGCUGUGUGUGUGCUGGCUGCUGGUCGCUGCAGAGUGCUGGUUGCCUCCGACGCAGACGUGAAGAAGAAUGAGUGAAAGCGAUACAAGUACGUCGGUGGUGGCUGCACCGGACGCUUCCAGUGGCGCAGCUGUGGAUAAAGAAGGCGUCGAAACAACAUCACCACCGCCAGCAGGGGAAGCAACAGCGGAGGGGCCACCGCCCAGUGCAAGCGGGGAGUCGGGAAGCGAGUCAGCAGCGUCUGGCCAGGCAGCGUCGCAGCGUCCUCCCAGCAGCAACAGUUCGACAGGAGCAGAAACAGCGAGUGGCAAUGCAGCGACGACAGCAGGGAGCAGCAGCACAGCUUCCCAGACCACCAAAGUCAUCUACCACGUGGACGAACAGAAGACGCCAUAUCUACUCAAAGUGCCUGGCCAAGCUGGUGAGAUUACCCUCAGUGACUUCAAGGCAGCACUAAAUAGGCCCGGGGUGUCUUUCAAGUACUUCUUCAACAACGUUGAUGAUGAUUUCGGGGUUGUCAAGGAGGAAGUGGACGAGGACAGUGCUGUGCUGCCAGCACACAAGGGACGCAUUGUCGCCUACUUAGUAACAGGUGAUAGUCAGUCUGAUACUGGCCAUGGGCCGUCGGAAUCUGAUCGUGGUGGAUCACUGUCGGAUAUAUCCGUCGUCCAGUCUGCAUCAACAAAGGGCCGGCCUCCGAGCAGCGGUCGUAGUGGUUACAGCAGCAGCAGAAGUAGGAGCCGGCGUGAUGGCAGCAAGGAUGGUGGAGUGGACAGUUCUGGCGAUGGUGCUCAUUCUGCUAGUCCGGGUCCUGGACGCUCAUCAGGUGAAGAUGAUGACAGACGACGUCAUCGCUCCUCUCAUGCAGGUAACAGACAGCAAUAUAGACCAUCUGGCCGCUCGUCUCGAUAUGCAAGUGGUGCCGAUACUGACCUAGCUACCGAUGCUACCAUGACGGAUGCAUCGUCCAUCAUGACGGCCAGUGAGUUUGGCGCCAGUAGUUACUUUGAGUCGGACUCUGCCAGCCGCCUGAGUGGAGUGGAUGCCAGGAGCAUGCGACAGAUGAGAAAACGAUACAAGCGCAAAAAACAGCGGCGGCUACCAAGGUACUCAUCCUGCAGCAGCUUUACAGAGUCAACUGUUGACUCGCUCAACAUCAUCGUUGUCACGCUUGAUAUGGAGCCCAUCAACUUUCUUGGAAUCAGCAUUGUCGGUCAGAGUAACAACGGAGGAGAUGGUGGCAUCUUUGUCGGUUCCGUGAUGAAAGGCGGUGCGGUGGAUGCCGAUGGCCGCAUUGGCCCAGGUGACAUGAUCCUGCAGGUCAAUGACUACAAUCUGGAGGACAUGGGCAAUGAUGAUGCUGUGCGAGUGCUGCGUGAUGUCGUGCAGAAACCCGGGCCGAUUACGAUAACAGUGGCAAAGUGCUUUGAUCCGACUGCUACUGCUGACUUCCACGGCAUAGACCCAAGAGCUGAUGCUGUCCAGCCAAUCGACCCGUCUGCUUGGGUUCAACACACCGAAGCAAUUAGAGCAAUGUAUGGGAGUUACACGAGCCCGACCAUGAGUACAAUCACCUCUGGCAGCUCUUCACUGAAUAGCUCUUUACCAGAGGCAGAACGGCCUAUGCUGCCGGAAGGAGCUAUUCGACUGUCAUCUGAGACACCCAUAGAGGAAGUGGCCCGGCACAUGGCUGCGCCAAGCUCCGGUCUGGAUGUGCGCGACAGGAUGUGGCUCAAGAUCAAGAUCCCACGCUCGUUUAUAGGAUCCGAUGUUGUGGAUUGGAUAUAUUCACGAUUGGAUGGCUUUAACGAGCGUCGCCAAGCCCGCAAGUAUGCUAGUAAUAUGCUGAAGGCUGGCUAUUUCAAGCACACUGUGAACAAGAUCACCUUCUCGGAGCAGUGCUACUAUGUGUUCAACAAAGACCUCACUACAGAAUUUGCUCAUCUUCGCAUCGUAAAGGAUGGCGACGACGACACACUAGCUACGUUGCCGGAGCACGGUGAAGUCUCCUACAGACCUGCCGGAUACGGCAUAGGCGGCCCACGGGCCUAUCAGCAGUAUGACCCGUUCAUGGACGCGCAGACCUUGAUGUCGGCAUCCAUGCACCGCACGCGCUCAAGUGGCAGCGGUAGCGGCAGCCCCAGUGGCCACAGUCCGUACGCCAGCACUGUUGGUCCCAGUCCCCCAGGCUCCGUGGCCAUGUCCAUGCAGCGCCAGUCUAGCUCCGGAUCUAACCGCAGUCCUCGCAGCCCCACAGCCAGCAUGGUGUCCAGGGCCAGUCGAGCUAGUACGUUAACAGGUGGCAGCUAUAAUAUUGUUGCUGGUCGCCGAGUGUUGGAUGAGUACGGCCAGCCAUUGCCGGCGCCACCCAGUGAACAGGACGUGGCCAGUGAACGCCUACAGAAGCUGUCGUCUCGCCUGCGCCACGGCAGCAUCACCAGUUUGAACACGCUCAGUUCUGUUCAGACUCACAUGCGCGGUGGCGUGGGCAUGAUGCCCGGUGGGAACAUGGCCUCCGACACCGCCAGUCUCUACAGCAUUGCCAGUAAGGCCAUGAACGACACCGCGUCGAUUUGCUCGUCGCGAGUGUCGCGCCGGGGCCUGGAAGGUAUUCCGGUCAACGUCACCACUAGCCAGCAUAGCUUCAAGAACGCCAUGGACAAUCCUAUCAACGAUGGUUACUUUGUGGAUGUGAUGUAAUGGGUGCUGUAUGUUUGUGUGUGUGGGUUGCUGCAUGGGACACUACUAUGGAUAACUGAGAAAGCAAAGACAAUACAGAUAGAGGUAAAAGACCAUAUUAAUCCAACCGAAUGUCCUAUAUUUUCUUACCAGCUGGCAGAUAUGUUAACAAAACAGACCAUACUAAACAGACCAUGUACAGGAUUAUCAUCAGAUCAUCUUUUUGCAGAUUUAUCAUAUAUUUUCCCAACUAACCCAUUGCAGAGACAGUGAGUAUCUUUAGCUUCCAGUAAAUGCAGCUAUAGAAAUUAUUCCAGGGAAAGGACAACUCACACAUGCAUCAUGAUGACUCAUCAUGACAGCGUAUUUUAAAUAAGAAGGAAGUAAGAUUUCUUCUACGCAUUCUGUAAAUCUACAUAUCUGCCACAUAUCUGCGUUAUGAUGUAUCUACAUAUAUUUUUACUGCAUAACAAUAAUAAUUACCUGUUACUACGGCUUCUUAUCUGUCUUCUGAACUCAACUUUACUUAGAGAGACAACGAAGAAGAAGAGUAUUUACGAGUGUGCUUAGAACAAACUGAA